AUGUCCACUUUCUGGGCGUCUUUGUGUGCAGGCUGUCGGGCGGAUUCGGUCAAUGUGAACAUAUCUCGGAAAUUCCAAGAUGAGAGAGCUUGGGACAUUGCAGGAUCGGUGCUAGAGCACUGGAAUGAACGAUUGAUCCACGCUGUCGAUGCGAUCUUCAGACUUCACCGCAAAGAAAUUCUAAAAGGCAGAGCUUGGGAUGGAUCAAUCGACUGUUGGAUGGUAGGGCGAUUUAAGGAAUGCACUACGCCGACAAUAGUUUUAUCCUGCAUGGAUCGUGGAGCCGUCAAACGACUCAUGAAAAAGGUGUCGAAAGACAAAACCUUCCAAGAGUCUGGCUUUGGAGUUUUGGGAAGACCAGGCUGCCUCAAAUUUGUGGGAGGCGAUAGCGAUGGCCUUCGAAAUUCUCCAGGAGAAAUGCCCACUGUCGACGCUUGCGGCUUGCCUGUGACAGUAGACUUUGGGGCUGCUUCCCACAGAGUCCAGAGAACGGCCACUAUAGGGGGUGUGGUCAUCGUCGAAGACAACUUCUACUACCUCACUGCGGCUCAUCCAUUCGCAACGACAGAAGAAGACCUUCUUGUGGGACGGGGCUGGCUCUGUAAAGAAGAGCCUUGGGAUCAUCCUUGGUCGCCAGUGAUGAUCGAAGAUUUGGACAGUGAAGGAGAAGAAUACGACAGUGAUGAUACAGAAAACACGAGCAGGUCUGGGCAGACAACGUCAAUGUCCGAAGGUUCCGGUCCUGACGGGCUCAAGAUCUUUCCGGCUUAUGCAUGGGUUUCUACGUUUCCACCGUCAAACAGCCUUGGACAGCCAUCUGAAGCGACGAAGCUUGUGGCAUCGAUUCAUCCGGAAAGGCUGGCCCGGUUUAGAUUUGACCCGGUGGUGUCCUUGAACCAAGAUUGGGCGUUGUUGUGGCCCGAAAUCGUUCCAGUUUCAUUGAUCAACAGAUUCGAAUUCGAAGGAAAGAUCCUCGAUAUCACAGACACCAGAAAAAUUAACGGGGACUGUCGACCACUUUUGCUUAGCCAAAAAUAUUCUGAGCCUUUCACCAUCAAUUGCUCAGAGGCUGCAUCUCUGAUCCCUUUGCCUGGCGGAGAUAGGAUGACUAUAGCUCAUAAGGUAUACCAUUUAGCCGAGUCUGGCGAUAGCGGCUCCUGGAUAGUGGAUGGAAAAUCGGGUAAUCUCCUAGGUAUCCUGGUGUCGUCCUCAGUGGAAGAUGAAAUUUCGUACAUGCUGCCAGUUGAGGCUGUCUUUAACUCCAUUCUGAAGUCUUCGAAGUCCAGCUCCGAGAAUUCUGGACCUCCGACGGUCGCCCUACCUCCAAGCAACCUCCUUUCGAGCACCCACACCGUCACGAGGCUGCUAAAGCAAGCUCUGGGAAGCUAUCAGCGGGUUAUUGUCAGACGUCUUUUGCGAGACAUGGACCUCACAGUUAUCAAAGGGGAAGACGAUAUUCCUCUAGACAAACUCGUUGAGAUUGCCUCUGAGGAUGGAAAUGACUCAGCAAUACAAGCAUUGAUUGAUGCAGGCGCUGCUGCUUCCCAAUCUGCCCUCCAAACAGCAUGUCGUAGAGGCCAUGACGAAGUAGUAAAAAUUCUACUAAAAGCUAGAGCCAAUGCCACCACGGGCGAAGCUCUGCUUCUUGCAUCAGAAGCCGGCCAUGAAAGAGUCGUUCAGCUCUUGGUGCAGGCAGGCGCCGAUGCUAACUCGGCUGUUCUCGAAAAAGCAUGCGCAAAAGGCCAUGAUAAAGUCGUGAAAAUUCUACUGGAAGCUGGAGCCGACCUCACCGAUUUCAGUCUGAGUGAUGCAUCAAGAGCCGGCCACGAAAGAGUCGUUCAGCUCUUGCUACCGAAGGCAAGCGCUAUUGCAAGCCGGUACGUCAAAUAUGCAUUCAAUCAAGCCGUCGAGAAUGGCCACGAAGGCACCGUGGCUGUGUUUCUCCAGGCCGAUGUCGAUGUUGAUGCAUGGGGAGUUGAGGCGCUGUGCAUAGCUGUACGAAAGGAAUACCUGAAUAUUGUGAAGCUUCUCAUCGAUGCUGGUGUUGAUGUUCAGGGGACGCGCCGCCAGUUGAUAGAGGAUGGAUUUGCAGGAGGUGAGAAGCGUAUCGAACGCCUUCUCCUUGCUGCUGAACAUCAGGGCUCUGAAAAGGCCGAUAAAGCACUGGAAACGGACGAAAUCGCAGAUGACGAACGACAGCUUGCAGCGUUCUCGGAUCCCGAACUCUAG